AUGUUAUAUAUUAUGACCUCCUACUCGUGCACCAAUCCGUUUUUGGUCUCGGACACCGACCCCUUGUAUACCAACGAAUCGCGUAACCUGCGGAUCGACACCAUGCGGGGAGCCUUUCCUCUAUCCGGUGAGGUAUAUGCUGGUGUGACACGUAUCGACGUGGAGAUCAUCACUGUGCGGGAGCUUCUCCGAGGUGAUACGCCUGAGGCAAAUACGCGGCGCCACCGAGUGAGGGAUGGGAAUACAGCGCUCAUAUACGUCCCCAAAGCCCUAGAGUCGCGUGAUGAUAUCUUGGCUUGGACGCUGUGCCACUUAGAUUAUCCUCUGAUCCAUCUGAAUGUCCCGUAUAACACUGAGGGUUUUGAACCUUCCCCGAAUGAUAAGUUGGGGACCCCCUACGCGAACCUCGUUCACGUGAAAGGACCUACGAGGCAUGUGAUCUACGUCGUGCCAGAAUUGACGACUUCCGCGUUCGCCGGCUAUCUGGAUAUCAGGCCAGGUGAGAGGGGUUUCACCCAUGAUCUCUUCGGGGACAUCGUUGACUUCCUCAGGCGCAAACGCGGAUAUGGAGAGCUAGCGAUGACCAUGUUCUCACUCCUGCAAAGGUUAAACUCACAAAAGCCGUUUGCGAGGGCAGAUUGGGACGCUGCGCUGAUAUUGUCAGGACUGAUGUGUUUCCGCCUGCCUACACCUGACACCUCUGAUGGUAAUACGGUCCGAACACGUGACUUUCGUUGUGCUGAUACCUAUCUAUUACGUGGAACACCCCUUUUAGACACACGCAGUGCCAACAAGAUCCGGGGGAUAGGUACAGAGGCAGCGUUCAUUGGAGUGAGUAGGUCAGAGUUGAGUGACGACUACUCUAUACCGGAAGUGCACCCUUACGCCAGAUUCUUCAUCGACGCAGGGAUCCUAACCUACACCAGCGCCCCCCCAUGGCUGGUCAACCCUACCGAACUCGCUUCUGAACUGUACCUGAAGGCACAUGACAUCGCGGUCAUUGUUGCAGAACAACACGAUUACGCUUGCAAUGUCUUCAGCCUGCCACUCGUCGGAUGGAUGCUUGAUUGUGAGCACGGACAGCAGAUAUUCGGUGACGGCUCGAGACGAGACAUGAGUGACAUAAAGCGGGCCAUCUUGCGACACCUGUCCACCAAUGUAUGUGGGGUUGAGUUAUUCGGCGGUAAGAUGGCAGCUGAUGAACUGACCGUGACUCCCGCUGAUAUGUGUGCACUGCUCGGUACAUUGCCCGCGGGACCGCGUGGGCCUGAAGACCCAUUCUACCUGGUCGUGCGCGAAUGCAUGUUGUUGCCUCAUACACGUACCUCACGGUACUACCUAAAGACGCUCCGGGAGUCAGACUUCGGGUACGACCACCCUAGUGGAGUUCUGGACUGGUCGCGAGUUAGUGGGAUUGCUACGACUGGGUUGCCAAGGGUGUGUGCCACCGACCGCCCCGCUUACGGAUAUGCACUUGUGUAUGCGCCAGCUCCUGAUGAGCCGAUAACACGACGCGAGACCACAGAUCCACUCGAGGACCUAUUCCACACCGUUCGAGUGGAAGGGGCUUGGCGAGGUGACGUCCCAGAAUUGGCCUACGUAAGAGGUCACGCCUACCACACGCUAUGCCAGGUACGGUUUUGUGUGACACGCUUGACCCGGCAUCACGUCACUUUGUGGGAUUAUUUGCGAGUAGGUGAUUCCAGUUGGGUUCACAACGAAC